GUGCCAGAGAGUAUCAGCCUCUCUGUAAGAGCCCAUAGUGAUGUCACUAUUUUCUAUGAGAGGUAAUUAUGUGGUAGAUGCUGUGUUUGAAAGUGUUUUGUGAAUUGACCAGAGAGUUAUCACAGAUUAGUGCCUGUGCAUUGGGUUAUAUCCUUAUCUGGGAGUAAGAAAUUAAACUAAGUGAUGAAGAAUAAGGGCAUCAUAGAAGCAUGCUGAUAGAAUAGGGACACAGAGAAGGCUAUGGUUCAGUGGAACUAUCUACCUAUUAUCCUAUAAUCCUGUAAAUCACUAAUUAAGACUUAAAAAUAAAGAAAUAAAGGCAACUAACUGAAAUUUUUAAAAAGGUAGCUAUGGGGCCUAAGAAUAGGAUGCCCCAGGCAGUCACCUAACCAGGUAGCUACUUUAUUAUUCCAGAAUGAGGGAUCCAGCAUUAACCACCUUAACUCUAGGUUACCAGUUCCCACUGGACUGAGGGGAUUUGCCCCACAGUAUCAGGUACUCUCCAGUUCACAGAGAAAGGAACUCUUUACUGGAAGUCUUAACAAGUAGAGCCGUGGGAGUAGAGGGUCAUCAGUGUGGAAGCAGGGACCUUUUAAUCCAGACCUUCAGGGAUCCCAGUCAAAUCCCAACUGGAAUUUGAGCUAGAUGUAGUAGACUGGGAAUAAGGAAGCAUUACUUCUUUGGAGGGGGAAAAAAACCAAACAAUAACUGAAGUCACUUAAUAUUAGAAAACUGGUUUACAACUGCAGAAUUUAUUUCUAGAUAGUCGCCCUAGGAGUGUUUAAGUAGAGAGUUCUUUUGAAAACCAUAAUGCCUGUAGCCCAUGUUUAGCUUUGAGUUAUCUUUGGGUGAUCUGGAUCAGUCCCAUAAAUGUUCUCUCUACCUUAAGUUGUGAUGCUCAUUCCACAGCUCAACUCUUGGAUCCCAAAAAAAGCUAAAUUCUAGUCACCAGCUGACUAAAACUCCUCAGAGCAUUAAAGGAGAGUCACAGCAAGACUCUACAGGGUUCUAACCGAUCUUUUCUCUCACUUUAGCAGCAUUUGACAGGAUGGGAGGGGAGGGGAAACACAUAUCCUCCCCCAGAAGGACAAAGUUUUGUUGGUUCAAACAAAGUAGUAGAAACCUCUGAAGUUUUGCCGAAAGUUGCUGAGACAGAACACUGAGAAGUUUUGUACCACUUUGUACUCCCUGUUGAGCACCAUCUGAGCUGCUAAACUUUGCUGCCAAGGGGGUUGAAUCAACUUGCGGCAUGAAAUGAGUGGGGAGGUAGGAGGCUUCUGUGACACAGAUUUUCAGUGCCUGUUCCUAAGGUUUCCAGAACUAAGGAGACUUCAUAAUUGGUUGAGAGCAGACAGACUUUUUGACCAAUCAGACUCAGUGCCGAGGUGGGGAAUCUGCUCUUUCUGCCCGCCUCUCCUCCCCCAGUUCCCCAGCUCCACUCAGUUCCCCUCCUCUCCCCACCCCCGCCAUUUGGUGACUAAGAACUGCUGCGGGCAGACAAACCUCGGAGCAGUUUUUAAAAAGGCUGGAAGGAGACAAGAGAUUUCAGCUGCUACAUUCCAAGCCCUGAAGUCUACCUUGGAGACAGGACAGCACAAAGUCAGUGUCCAGGAAGGGACUUCUGGGUCAUGGGGCCUAGGACAUCCCCACAGCUCUCUGGGAAAUGGCAAGUGCUAUGCAUGUUGUCCUUGUGCUGCUGGGGCUGGGUGUCUGGACAGCUUCGUUACUCAGUGGUGGAAGAGUCUGAGCUGGGGACUCUGGUGGGGAAUGUUGCACAGGAUCUAGGUCUAAAGGUGACAGAUCUGUUGAGCCGCCGACUGCGAUUGGGUUCUGAGGAAAAUGAGCACUAUUUUUCUCUGAGCUUGAUGAGUGGUGCUCUGGCAGUGAAUCAGAAGAUUGACCGAGAGAGCCUGUGUGGAGCCAGCACCAACUGCCUGCUGCCAGUGCAGGUGGUGACUGAACACCCUUUGGAAUUAAUCCGUGUAGAGGUAGAGAUCCUGGAUCUUAAUGACAAUGCUCCUAGCUUUGCCACAUAUGAACAAGAGCUACGCAUCUCAGAAUCAGCUGCACUUGGGGCACGGUUUCCACUGGAUAGUGCCCAGGAUCCAGAUGUGGGCACCAAUACUGUGAGCUUCUAUAUUCUAAGCCCCAGUAGCCACUUCUCCCUGCAUGUGAAGACCCUAAAAGAUGGAAAGCUGUUUCCAGAGCUGGUGCUAGAUCAGCAGCUGGAUCGUGAGGCACAGGCAAGACAUAAGCUAGUGCUUACUGCUGUGGAUGGGGGUAACCCAGCGCGCUCAGGCACCACUCUUAUCUCUGUCACUGUGCUGGAUAUCAAUGAUAAUGCUCCAAGCUUUCAGUCCUCAGUUCUACGUGUGGGACUUCCAGAGAAUGCACCCAUGGGUACACUGGUGCUCCGCCUCAAUGCCACUGACCCAGAUGAGGGCACCAAUGGCCAACUACUCUAUUCUUUUGGAGACCAUACAUCUGAGGCAGUGCGGAAUCUUUUUGGCUUAGAUCCUCACAGUGGUGCAAUACGUGUAUUGGGUCCCAUAGACUUUGAAGAGUCACGUUUUUAUGAAAUCCAUGCCAAAGCCCGUGACCAAGGACAGCCAGCCAUGGAAGGCCAUUGUGUGAUUCAAGUGGAUGUGGGAGAUGCCAAUGACAAUGUCCCAGAAGUACUGCUGACCUCCUUGGUAAACCCUGUCUUGGAGAGCACUCCAGUGGGCACUGCAGUGGGACUGUUCAAUGUGCGGGACCGAGACUCAGGAAGAAAUGGUGAAGUUAGCCUUGAUAUCUCUCCAGACCUGCCAUUUCAGAUUAAGCCUUCUGAGAACCACUACUCACUGCUAACCAGCCAGGCUUUAGACCGUGAAGUUAGAUCCCACUAUAUUAUUGAAUUGCUGGCCAGUGAUUCUGGCUCCCCUCCCCUCCAUGCACAGCUCACCAUCAGGCUCAAUAUUUCAGAUGUCAAUGACAAUGCACCCUACUUCAACCAGCAACUCUACACAGCUUACAUCUCAGAAAACCGACCUCCAGGCUCUCUUCUCUGCACCGUGGCUGCCUCAGAUCCAGACACGGGGGAUAAUGCCCGCCUCAUUUACUCCAUUGUAGGGAAUCAGAUUCAGGGGGCCCCAGCCUCCUCCUUUGUAUAUGUCAACCCUGAAGAUGGGCGUGUCUUUGCCCAGCGUACCUUUGACUAUGAAUUGUUGCAGAUGCUGCACAUCAUGGUGGGGGUUCGAGACUCUGGCUCUCCUCCACUGCAAGCCAACACAACUCUGCACGUGUUUGUCCUGGACCAAAAUGAUAAUGCCCCAGCUGUGUUGCACCCAAGGCCGGGCCAAGAACUCUCAGUCCCCCAGCGUAUCCCUCGGUCUGUUCCUCCUGGCUCCUUAGUCACCAAAGUGACAGCUGUGGAUGCUGAUGCAGGCCAUAAUGCUUGGCUCUCCUAUUCACUGUUACCACAGUCCACUGCCCCAGAACUGUUCCUGGUAUCUGCACACACUGGUGAGGUACGAACAGCCAGGGCCUUACUAGAAGAUGACUCUGACACCCAGCAGGUGGUGGUCUUGGUGAAAGACAAUGGUGAACCUUCACUCUCCUCUACAGCUACUGUGCUGCUAGUUCUGGAGGAUGAUGACCCAGAGGAGACACCCAAAUCCAGUGACUACCUCACACGCCCUCCUGAGCGGUCAGACCUUACUCUUUACCUCAUUGUGGCUCUUGCAUCGGUCAGUCUCUUAUCCUUAGUCACCUUCACCUUUAUGUCUGCUAAGUGCCUUCGAGGGCAUGCAGAUGGGGACAUGGGUGGGGGCCAGUGCUGCAGGGCCCAGGAUUCACCCUCCCGGGAGUUCUAUAAGCAGUCCAGCCCCAACCUGCAGGUGAGCUCCGACGGCACACUCAAGUACAUGGAAGUGACAUUGAGACCCACAGGCUCGCAGAGCCACUGCUACAGGACGUGUUUCUCACCAGCCUCAGAUGGCAGUGACUUCACUUUUCUGAGGCCACUCAGCGUCCAGCAGCCCUCAGCUGUGGCGCUGGAACCUGAUGCCUUCAGGUCUCCCUUGAAUACCCUGCGGGAGCCGAGCCAGCAAGCCCCACCCAACACGGACUGGCGUUUCUCUCAAGCCCAGAGACCCGGCACCAGCGGCUCCCAAAAUGGCGAUGAAACUGGCACCUGGCCCAACAAUCAGUUUGACACAGAGAUGCUGCAAGCCAUGAUUUUGGCCUCCGCCAGCGAAGCUGCUGAUGGAAGCUCCACCCUGGGAGGGGGUGCUGGCACCAUGGGCCUGAGUGCCCGCUAUGGGCCCCAGUUCACCCUGCAGCAUGUACCUGACUACCGCCAGAAUGUCUAUAUCCCUGGCAGCAAUGCUACACUGACCAACGCAGCUGGCAAGCGGGAUGGCAAGGCAGCGGCAGGUGGCAAUGGCAACAAGAAGAAGUCCGGCAAGAAGGAGAAGAAGUAAUGUGGAGGCCAGGCCCGGAGCCAGAGGGCAGCCUCCCUCCCUAAGCAGCCCAGUCUCUCCCUACCUGUACCCAGGCCUCGAAUUUUCAGGGCUCCCCCUUCCAGGACACUGGUAGGGGCCAAGGCCAUUCUCCCCUUGGGAAACAGAAACAAGUGCCCAGUCAACACACCCUUCUCAGCCCCCAAGGGAUUGAAUAUGCAAAGGGAGUUCUGCUGUGAACCCCCAUCUAAUCAAUUGCUGUGCCCAAGGGGGUGUUGGGGUUAGUGUAGACACCAAGAACCAUUUAUCACACCCCCUUUAUUUACGGCUGAACUCCUCCAUCUUCUAAAUUCAAUCAGGCCCAUCCAUCCCUUGAUUCCCACCUCCCCCCAGCCCCCUACCCCCACUUCUUCAACAGCUCCUUUCUUGAGUAAUGUGGUUGAGGUACCAGGUGGCCUAAAGGGGCUCAAAGUGCUGAAGUUAGGUGGGCACCAUGGCUUCCCCAUUCAAUUCUCGAACUUCUUCAAAGCAUGGUUUGCUGCCCAUCCUUUUGCCUCCUUCCAGAGCCUGAGACCAAGCUCAUGGUCACCAUUCCUGUGGUACUGAUGCUUGCUGGAUUUAGGGAAGGCAUUAUGCUACCAUGCCUCUUCCCAAUGCCCUGGGGACCAGUCUUUUCUUUUGUUUUUCAUUGUUUGAUGUUCCCACUGCAUGCUGUGACUUGCCCCUCCCCAAGCAAGAAGACUUCAUUGCAUGUUCCAAGACAGUAUGGGGUGGAAAGGUAAAGAAGGAAGGAGUGUGUGGAUGGAUGGGGGGCAUGGAUGAAGUUUAACCCGUCAGUUGACAGGCUCUUGCAGGAAGCUCUGUAUACCUGCCCCAGGGCAGGUUCCCAAAUUCCAGCCAUAAAACAAGGACCAGGCUGGACCCUCAUCCACCACUCACAGGGCUUAGCUCAGGCAUCCAGUUGGGCACUGAGCUACCAGCACUAAUGAAUUUAAACUGGCAUUAAGUCCAAGGAAGCUCUGAGCAGAUUUGGGACCUUAACCCCAGAGAGGUUAAGAGGGGCCUCUGUGGGUGCUGGGUGCUCCAGAGGUGUCACUGAUGGAAGGAACAGGUGGGACCCCAGCAGGAAGAGGGCCAGUUAUGCCAUACUUGGCCCCAGGGUUGGGGAAAGCAAGGAGCUAGAGCAGGGAUCGAGUGGACAGAAAGUCUCAGCCCACAUCAGGGCUUCUCCACUGGGCCCCUGACUCCUCAAGCCCUUCUUGCCAGGUGCCAUUUCCCCCUCUGUGAAGGCCACUGCCCAGGCACCCAGUCCGCCUCCUAGUGGCCAGAGACUGGUUAACCUCCCCAGUGCCUCCUUUGUGCAUAGCCCUUCCUCUGCCCACUCCUUUCUACCUUCGGGGUCUCACCCCUUCAGCAGGACCUCGAGAGAACCCCACCCCAGCCCUCACAAUAUAGUAGAGCCCCCCUCCCUCUUUCGGCUGGUGUAGAAUAGCCAAUAGUGUAGUGCGGUGUGCUUUUCCGUGAUGGCGAGUGGGCAGCGGGCGGCGGGCUCCGCGCAGCCGUCUGUCCCUGAUCUGCCUGCGGCAGCCCGUGCUGUGUCUUGUGCUGUGUCCACGCGCUGCGGCGACCCCGUUCCCGGUACUGACUCGAUAAGUGCUUCUCUUUGCAUAGUCACGUAGCUCCCCAUGCCCCUCCUUGUGUCUCACGCAAGUUUUAUACUCUAAUAUUUAUAUGGCUUUUUUUCUUUGAAAUAAAUAAUAAAAAGGUUUCUUCUGAAA